AUGCAAGAGCACGAGGUACCCUUGCCCCGCUCCGAAGCGGCCAAGAGCGUCUUGCACAACCGUGUCGCUCGUCACAUUCGUCCCGAGACGUGGAGCGACAUUCGACGCAGGCAGACCCUCGGUCCCGUCACCGACCUUGGCGGCAUCACCGACUUCAAGGGCAAGGAUCCCGAACCUGUCCGUGGCGAAAAGGGUCUGCCUUUCUUGGGCGAGUCCAACACCGCCAUCGACAAGCAGAACAUCGACUACCUCAGCCCACCGGCUACCGACAACGGCGUGAUUCCCAACCUCAAGUGGUCGUUCUCUCUGUCCAAGACGCGCCUCUUGAAAGGUGGCUGGGUUCGCGAGCAGGUCGUCACUGACCUCCCCGUUUCUAAAGACGUGGCUGCAGCAGAGCAGAGGCUAGCUCCAUACGCGAUCAGACAGCUACACUGGCAUCGAGUGGCGGAGUGGGCAUUUGUCAUUAAAGGCACAGUGCGCAUCACCGGAAGCGACGAGGAUGGCAAAAACUACGUUGGGGAGGCCUCGGCAGGAGACUUGUGGAGUUUCCCCACGGGCAUCCCUCACAGUCUGCAGGCUGGCCCAGAAGGUGCUCAAUACCUUCUAGUCUUCGACGACGGCAAUUUUGACGCUUCGGGAACGACGUUCAUGCUCGAUGACUGGGUCGCUCACACCCCUCGAGACGUCCUUGCCGAAAACUUCGGCUGGAAUCAAAGCGCUUUCGACACUGUUCCCGCUCAAGAUCAGUACAUUUUCAAGACUCCAGAAUGGCCAAGUCUUGAGGAGGCAAAGGCUGUCGUAGAGCAGAACCCUGCUGGCGAGGUCGAAUCUCCUUACGUCUAUGCCCUGUCUAAGCAGGAACCUACGCAGGCACCAGGCGGCGGCGGCUGGGUGAAGAUCACCGACUACCGUCAAUUCCCAGCUAGUCCUACUUUGGCCUCCGCAUACGUUCACGUCGAGAAAGGCGGCCUUCGCGAGCUUCAUUGGCACGCCGGCGCUGAGUGGGGCUACAUUGUCAAGGGCAAGGGACGCGCCACUGCCUUCGCUGGAGGUGCCACCGCACGCACUUUUGAGCUUCAAGCAGGUGAUUCUUGGGUCUUCCCGACCAACUUCGGCCACUACAUUCAAAAUGUUGGCGAUGAGCCUCUGGAGUUCAUCGAGAUUUUCCGUGGAUCAAACUUUGGCGACAAGAUCAAGUUCACCGACUUUAGCCUGACCCAGUGGCUCAGCUUGACCCCACCUGAGGUUGCUGCUCAAUCUCUGAACGUCUCCGUAUCUCUGAUCAAAGAGCUCAAGAAGGAGAAGCAAGUCGUCGUCGCUGCUCGUCGCUAG